AAUUACCUUCAGUCAACACUUGACUUGCUUCUGUAUCGGUUGUGAAUAACGUUGAGUUCGCAGACGAAGUGAAUUCCGGCUGAAAAAAGCCGUACAAUUUUGGAUUGUGUACAUUUUCCUAUAAAAUAAUGAAAUGUUUAAUAUAUUUAAUGGCGAUUGGUGCGAAAUAAUUGUAAAAUAUAAUUGUUAAGAUGGACGUUGAUAACUUUUACGAUGAAAUUGCAUCGUAUAUGCCCACUCCCGGGGAGUAUGACUUGGAUGAUCUGGAGGAAAUAUUACGUUCUACAGACUCGCAUUUAGAUUCCUCGAUUGAUUUUAAUAAUUUUGAUUUUAAAGCACCUCCUCAAGACACUGAAAUGCAAAAAGCAGCAUGGAAAGAGUUUAGUUUUGAUUUUUCUGAAUUUUCACCUGCAACUACAAAUGUCUCAACGCCACCACAUGAUGCAUCACAGCGUACUUUAUCCACCUCAUCAUUGGAAGGCGAUUCCUAUAACACUAAUGAUAUUUACAAUUUAUUUGAUGAGAAAAAUUUUAAAAAUGAAAAUUUUACACCUAUGCGAAGUACACCAUCCCCAACUGGUAGCUGCACAAGUUCUAGUGGCAGCUCAACAAGCGGUGUACAAAGUGAUGCAUCAUCUGAAGUAAAAUAUGAUCUUACAAAUAUGGAUUUCAUAAAAACUGAAAAUUCCAGUGAUGAAGUUCCAAAUAAGCUCUUUGUACCUUCUACAGUUCUGCAUGCAAAUUACACUUUAGAUAGUAAUUACGAUUGCGUUACAAAGACAGAAGAGGCAGACUAUGAUGAAGAAAUGUACGAUGUGGGUACAGCUAUGCGGGAGGUACCAAAAAUUCUUGUUGAUAAUAAAUUUCCAAUACAAAAUAUAGAAUCCAUUACUACCGGCGCCAAUAUAUUACCUAUGUCUAUGCCUAUAUUGCCAAUGCAUAACUCCACCCCAACAAUACAGUUACAGCCCUUACAACAAGUGCAGCCGGUUAUUAUACCAGUUAAGACCGUUCAAAUAGCAGCUGGGAUCCCAGUAACGAAUAUUAAAGCACCCACAUCGGUAAAAAGCGUUGCACAAGCAACUGUUAAAAAUGAGGCUAAGAUAGCUCCCAAAACUGCGGCGCAACCUAUUAAAAUUGUUGCAGGAAAUGCCACAAAAGGCAAAGUAUUUAAAGAUACCCCACCACAAACAACAACAACAGCAGCAGCAGCAGGAAAUACAAAUUCAAGUACCAAUACAAAUUUUAAACCUAAAACGGUAUUCCUUUCUUCGAAUGAUUUUAAGGCUUUAAUGCAGAAGAUGAAUUCAAAUGGUAAAGGUGCAAAAAUCUCUGGUGGAAUCACUGGUCAGAUGCCUAAAAUAAUUAUGAAAACUGCAAAUGGCAAAGUAAUAACAGCAAACAAAAUCGUGCAACCUGCGAGUAUAUCGAAUACACAAAACUCAAAGCCAAUUUUUAUGCCGAAAAUUGUGAAAGCCAAUGGACCUAUGGUCAUUAAACAGCCAAACCAUAAAACUAAUAACCCCCCCAUAAGUACAACAAGUGCAGUUGCUAAAGUGCCGGUUACGGCAAGCACUGCGCCCGAUCUCAGCGUCUAUAAAGGCAUCAUGGAUGAAAAAAUGCUUAAGAAGCAACAGCGCAUGAUUAAGAAUCGUGAAUCGGCUUCACUGUCGCGUAAAAAGAAGAAGGAGUACGUCACAUCGUUGGAAACCCGCAUCAACAAUUUAGAGAAGGAAAAUUAUUCAUUGAAGGGGGAAAAUUCAUCACUUCGUUCACAAUUGGUAGCUUUUGCGCAGACAUGCCAGUGUAAAAAUAGUAACAUUAGCGAAUUUAUACUUCAUUCAUUAAACAUCAAUAAUUGCACUGGAGCCGAUCAACAGAAUGUAAAGAUUGCUUCGAAACCAUCACUGAAAGGAAUCAAGCAGCGGAUGUCAGCGGCUAAUAUUAAAAAGAAUGUGGCAGUGUUGUUUGCGAUGGCUUUUAUGGUCACCAUGAAUGUGGGAAACUUUCAAAAUUAUCUUAAUAAGCACGGAAUUGAGAAUUCCGUUGAGGCAGAAGAACCCGUAGCCAUCGGCAGACGUCUGCUCUGGGUUGAGCCAGAAAAGGAGCUCAACGAGACAGCAGUACAUCGCGUAAAACGUGAUGCUGAAUUAGAUAUGCCACCACCACCGUUGCACUUCAUUCGCCCAGUAAACCGUACACGUGCGGGAAUCACUUUUAAUAGUACUGCUCAUGAACCGCCUUUAGGUUCGAGAAGUGACGGCAUGGGGGAUAGUUUUAAUCAUACUGAAAAUUUGCGUUUGGCUAGUAACUUGCAUAAAUGGAUAGAUGGAAAUGAUUUUCUUAAUCUUAGUUUACACAAAUCGAUCGAUAACGACCUGGAUAAUCACAUAGGAUUCAAGCUGACACCGGAUUAUUUUGAAACGAUUGAUCUACCGCUACAGAAAACAUUACUUAAUGGAAAACAGAAACGCAAGUAUAUAGUGGAAGAUUCGGAAUACAAUAAUAAGCAAAGCAAAUUGAAUAUGGAAAUUGCAAAUAAAAACGGAAAUCGAUUUGAUGACAAUAUUUAUGAAAAAGGUAAACGCAAUGAUUAUGAUGAUGACAAUGGCAAUGUUAACGGUAAUGGCAAUAGGAAUAAUAAGAACUCAUUGGAUUUAUACAAACAUAAAAUAAGUGAAGAGUAUUUACGUCUUUUUAAGGGUAUUAAUCGUAAAGAUGAUACAUUUUAUGUACUCUCAUUUAACAUGGAUCAUAUUUUGCUACCAGCAUCGGCUUACAAUAAAAGUGCUCGACCUAAAAUGUCACUUAUGUUACCAGCAGGUGAUCCAUCACUUAAUGGUGACGUAGUCCUUAUGCAAAUCGAUUGUGAAGUGGUUAACACAACGGAAUUUGAACUCAAAUCACAAAUGAUCCCUGAGAAAUUGCGUCCAAGCAAAUAUGCUGGUCCGAAUUUUCAUCCGACCCCAAAUGCCAAUGAUGUGGUUAAGAAUGAGACCGGUGGUCAGGCAAAAUCAAAUGAAAAAUUAAGUGUUCGACCUGAUGAGCCGAGAGUCAAACCACCUAUUAGAACAUAUUUUAUGUCGGGUGCAAAAUCUCAAGCACCUUCCUUGAGAAAGAAGGUAACUAUUGUUAAAUUGGAUGGUAGCGAAGCUGUGGACACAUCAAAUGUUAAGAAUUCUACACUUUUUGCUAAAAUGCGUGAAACAGUAAAACAGGAUUAUUUUACACCGUAAAUGUUUACAAUACACAAAGAAGCUAUGCUGUGUGCAACGUUUGCUUUAAAUUUAAUUUAUUAAUUUGAAUAAAACAUUCAAUGUUGCAUGUUUUUCUAAAAUAAUGUUUUCAUAUGACUACAAUCCUUUAAUGAAUGUAAAACAAUAAUGUUAUGGAAUUAUAAGAAGUAAAAUUAGUAAUAUAUACAAAAAUAUAUAGCUACACAGCUAUAUAAUGACUGUUUGUCGUAUUUCAUCAGAAAGUAAAAUCAGAUGUCACCUAAAUUUAUAAUCAAAACUUGACACUACUUUUGUGAUUAAUUUUAAUUUAAUUCACACAUAAAGCAAACGCGUCACAAUAUCUAAAAU